CUGGUUGGUUGUUCAAGUCCUUCAUCUCAUAGAACUGGAUGUUUCUGAGUUCAUCCAUGAGCCCAAAAGGCUUAGAUUUUGUAUUUAAUCUCCCAUUUCAAACACAAGCACAGACAGUUAUUCCUCCAACAAACAAGCAGCAGAAUGACUCUAUCAUGUCUCCUGUCAGUCUUUUCCUCGUCUUCACAGGUCGUCUCUGAGAGUUUGUUGUCAACAGGAAGUAUCAAGACACCAGCAUGUUUUUGAUCAACAGAUAUUUUCAUUACAUUUUUUUUUUGUUUGUUUAUCAGAGACAAACUUAAUCGUGGACGCUUGGCUUAGUUUCAGGUCUUCGUCUUUCGGUCUUCUGCUGAAAAGUUCUGCAGCUUGUUGUUUCGGGUCGACUGCACCAACACUGAAACCGGAGGUUGCUGGGGGUGGGGGUGGGGGUUCAGACUGGUGGUUGGAGAAGCUGGGUCCUCUCUGGGGACCAGUCCGCUCCAGCUGCGAAUAUAAAAGCCGUAAAUCGUCCCGCCACCCUGAUUUCUGUCACCUUGACACUGACGGUGGACGGACAAGCAGAAUGCACUGGGACAAAACACCCCCAUCUGGGCUGGGCAGGUCCAGACCGUACCAAGGUGUCCGGGUCCGGGAUCCCGUCAAAGAGCUGCUGAGGAGGAAGAGGAGCCUGGAGCCGCGCGGUGCCAAGACCGCCGUGUCCACCUCGGACGCGGCAGCGCACGGCAGCCAGCCAACGUUUACAGCAGCAAUGUUUGGCUCUGACGUGGCCGCCGCCCCGACCGAGCCCGUGUCUGACGGAGGGCUGCAGUGUUCGAGCUGGAAGACCUCAGCAGGCGGUGCCGCGCCACUUUGGUCAUCGUCUGACUACAACCAGCAGGACUCAACAGCUCAGACUCUGGGGUACCAGGCUGCACCCGCCCUCACCGCCGACGUGUACAUGCAGACUCUGUGUCCCAGUUACACCAUGCUGACCUACACCCACACACCACUACUCACCAACUUUGGGACCAUACCAGUGGCCCCCGCCCAACCCUCUGUUCCCCAGAUGGAGCUCUCAGACUCAGGGUUGACCUACCUGCCCUGGGCCCAGCCCCUCACCACCAUAUCCUCCAUGCCCAACCAGUUUGCCUCCAGCUCUGCGGCCCUUUCCGGGUCUCCUCUGGUCCCGGUGCCUUUAUCCAUGUCCCUGGCGACGAUGAUCCCACAGCUGGGGGCCCAGGGCGGGGAGCCUCAAUCCCAGAUUCUGGAACUCCCUCUGAACUCGGACCAUCAGCUGGACCCGGAGCAGCAAGGCCAGGCUCUGACUGAAAGCCCAGAAGAUGCACCAGAGUCUCCAAACCUGCUGGAUAAACUUCUGGAGGACCACAAGAAGCAGGAAGAAGAGGACAAGGACUCGUACAGCAGCUCGCUCUUCAUCACCGACGUCUGAAAGGUCUGCUGUUGUUCAGUUUGAUGGAAAGGCCUUCUCCUCAGGGUCCUAAAGAAAAGUCUCCUCAUUUUUCUACAAUCAUUACACUUUUGCUUGUUAUGAAGACUGUUUUAUUUGGUAUUUCUGUGAAACCUGUAAUGGUGCAUUCACACCGGAUGCGAUUUGUGAAGCAGGAGCAUCAAGUUUCAAUAUUAAGUCAAUGUAAAGAUUUUGUGUUGCGAUUUUCCCAGUUUUAUGUAUGCCCUCUCGAGUUGCAGCUCAAUUUGGGAAAGAGAAUCUGGCCACAGAGAAAAAAUAUGGCGCUUCCAAAGCUGGAAGUCCCUCCCCCUGCUGGAGCCAGACCAAGAGGACAUCAUUUGCGCCCGAAAUCAUUUGCCAGAAGUCCUGGACCAGAACCCCCGUCGGAAGCUUUCGACCUUUUUUCCCUUUGACAUACCGUAACCGCUUACGAGAUCAACUGAUUCACAGAGAAAAAAGCUGCAUUUCAUCGUCUUUUUCUCCAGAGGUAAACAGGUGUAGUUAUACAAAUCUGAACACUUGUAAAUAUUG